GAAGGAAAGAAAGGAAAAUUGAACCUAUAAAAAAAAAAAAACAAAAGGCAAAUACGAUGGUGCUGCUAAGUAUGGGAAGGAGCCAAGGAGGCCGAGUUGAUUGAUAUCUCAAGGGUCACAUUUAUAAUCAUCACUUUAUCAAGUUGGUCGUUCACCUUUACUAAAAAUUAAUUCCCAACCAACGGGUUCGAUAGAAAAGAUUAUGGCAAAUUGGCAAUAUAUCAAGAAUCCCAAUGAGAUCUUGUUUGGUAGUGAAUCUUGAAAUGGGUUAUGAAAAAAUGGGUGAAUAAAAGCAUGAGAUAAUCACUAGCCAAAUAGCCAGAAAAUUCAUGUAUUUAUAUGUCUUUUGAAAAUAAAGAUACAUGGUGAUGUCUCAGCGAUUAAUAGAAGAAGAACCUAUUAGUAAGGGACUUGAGUCUUCGAGUGUGUCAAAACGCCUCGUCAGAAGUUUGAGCCAGAAACUGAAAAUAAAGAACCACAGAAAUGAAGGCGAUGAAAUGGAUGUUACAAGUGGCGUGUCGUUGGGAUGUCUUGAUCUUUAUGGAAGAGUCAGAGGCUGCAAAGUAGGUGAUGACAUAGGUGAAGAGUCUAAAGAUUCAGGAAGUAGAAGGCAGUCAAGUGCCAAUGAAGAAGGGAAAGUGUACAGUAUAAUAAUAUGUGGCAAUGAGGAAGCUACUGUAGAUUGCUUUCCGUAUUUGAUAAAAGAGAGAUUCUGGAGGAGGAAUAGCAGAAGGCUUUCAGCAUAUGAAGAAACGCAAAAAAACACUAGCGUGAAUACUUUUCUUCCCGAUGACAUUCUUGAACUGUGCUUGGUGAGGCUCCCAGUGACAACUCUUAUGAACGCUCGUCUUGUAUGCAAGAAAUGGAGAAACUUGACAAAAUCACCUCGGUUCAUGCAGAUGAGACUGGAGGGUUUAUACCAAAGUCCGUGGAUGUUUCUGUUUGGUGCUGUUAAAGAUGGUUAUUGUUCUGGGGAAAUACAUGCAUUGGAUGUUUCCCUCGAUGUGUGGCACAAAAUAGAUGCUCAAAUUCUCAAGGGACGGUUUCUGUUUUCUGUUACAAGCAUUGGGGAAGAUAUUUACAUUGUCGGAGGUUGUUCUAGCUUGACCUGCUUUGGAAGGGUGGAUAAAAGCUCAUUUAAGACGCAUAAAGACGUUUUGGUAUUUAGCCCACUGACUAAAUUAUGGCGUAAAGCUGCACCCAUGAAGUACAGCAGAUCAUCUCCAGUUUUAGGAAUUUCUCAGAUCAGUCCAGAUUGUUUGAUCGCUAGAAAUCAGCAAAGUCGAGACAGACGUUCUUACAGGUCAAGAGUUGGUGGUACAUCAGAUGUUUAUGAGGAUCCUCGCAGACUUUCAGUAAGAUGCCAAUUUGGACACUCCCCCAGUGAAAAUAAUAAUUCGUUCUUUCCAGUUACAAAGCGAUACAAAUCGAUAGGACAAAAACAUGAAAAUUCACAUACGAAAGAUGGUCAAAGUUUUGUAAUGAUUGCGGUGGGAGGUCUUGGCUCCUGGGAUGAACCACUAGAUUCUGCGGAAAUUUAUGAUUCAAUAUCCAACAAAUGGACAGAGAUCCAGAGAGUACCUCUGGAUUUUGGGGUGGCUUGUUCUGGUGUUGUAUGUGAUGGGAUUUUCUACGUUUACUCAGAAAGCGAUAACCUUGUUGGUUACAAUAUAGAAAGAGGAUACUGGGUUACAUUUCAAACAACUUCAUGCCCACCUCGUGUGCACGAGUACUAUCCAAAAUUUAUAUCGUGCAACAGUCGGCUAUUCAUGCUUUCUGUAUCGUGGUGUGAGGGAGACGGUCAAAUAGGCAGAAGAAACAAAGCAGUUCGGAAGCUCUGGGAACUUAACCUUGUGCAUCUUACUUGGACAGAAGUGUCAAUGCACCCUGAUGCCCCGAUGGACUGGAAUGCUGCUUUUGUCACUGAUGGAAAUAGUAUAUUUGGGAUCGAAAUGUUCAAGAUAUUCGGCCAGGUGUUGGACUUUGUGACAAUGUGCGAUGUGUCUGACAACGGAAUGAAGUGGAAUCAUGUUUCGAGGAAUCACGUGGCACACGAUCUGGAUGCUUCUUCAUGCUUAACAAAGACGAUGACAGUGCUGCGUUUAUAACUAGUAUAAUGAUAUCCUGAUUCAUGAUGUCGUUUCUUACUCGAGAGUCGAGUUAUUUCUGAUCAUGUUGUACAUGCUAUUUAUCGUCAGUUAUUUUUCUGAAUGUUUGUCUGGUACUAAUGUUAUUCAUUCACAACUAUAGAAUUAACUUGUGUAUUUGUUUC